CUCGUUUGUAUCUUCAUCCCUCAUCGAACUCUACAGAAAAGAAGAAGAUGCAGCCAAAAUAACAAACAAAACGAACAAAAUAACUUAAAAUUCAAGUGAAAUAACAAUUAUACAAGCAUGGCAGAUGCAGCAGGUAAACUGCCGCCGAUUGCGAAGAGGGUGCAGAAUCUAGGCGAUUUAGGAGCUUGGCAAAGAUCUCGCGCCUACCACGACUUGAUUGGCUACAUAAAUGGCACCAGCUCGGCGAUCCAGGGGAUCAAGACCACGGACGAGGUGUACGAGUCGGAAAUGCUGAAGAAACUGGUGGGUCUCUUCGACUCCUUAGAAAGGUUGGUGGAGCAGCAUCCUCCAUUGGAGCAACCUCAGCGGUUUGGCAACAAGUCCUACAGGGAUUGGGCCCAGGAAAUGAGGGAACAGCUGCCGGAACUACUGGAGCAGUUGGUGCCCGCCGAAAAGAAAAGGUAUCUGGGUGAACUGGAACAGUACUUGAUGGAGUCCUUUGGCAACGCCACCAGGAUUGAUUACGGAACCGGUCACGAGUUGUCCUUCCUAUUCUUCCUGUGCUCGCUCUUCAAGGCCGAGAUCCUGCAGGAACAGGACAUUGUCAGUGCCGCCUUGAGGCUCUUCAAUCGAUAUUUGGAGUUCGUGAGGCAGCUGCAACGCACCUACAACAUGGAACCCGCUGGUAGCCAAGGAGUCUGGUCCCUGGAUGACUUUCAGUUUGUGCCCUUUAUCUGGGGUAGUGCACAGCUAGCUGUCAAAAGCCCGUUUGAUCCCUCCAAGUUCGUGGACGAACAGAUCAUAAGUGACUACAAGGAUCAGUUUAUGUUCAUCAGCUGCAUCGACUACAUCUGCAAGGUGAAGACUGGACAUUUCGGCGAACACUCCAAUCAACUGUGGAGCAUCACGGAUGUGCCAUCAUGGGUUAAGAUUAAUGCAGGACUGGUGAAAAUGUACCAGAAGGAGAUACUGUCCAAGUUUCCUGUGAUCCAGCACGUCUACUUCGGGGAACUGAUGGCCUUCGAGACCGUCUCCCCCGGCACAACAAUCUCUAAUGCCCGACUGGGUCAUGUGGCUCCGCCGCCCUCCAAACGCAUCUGCAUUGGGACUCCCACUCUGGUGCCACCGGUUCCCGUCGCCGUGACUCAACCUCCGCCCGCCGAGUCCCUGAACACCGAUUUAAAUGUGGGCGACUCGAGCAGUGAGAGCAGCGACAGCAGCGUGGUGCUGCGUCCAUCGACUUCGUCCGUUUCUCUGGUGGCCACUGCCGAAGGAUCCGGAGACAAGCCCAAUGUUCCAGCGACCGGUGGGGAGGUCACCAAGGAACGGGCGGCAGAGUAGAGGAGAAAAGCGAUGACCUAACCUGUGUUACAAAUUUCUUAUUAAUAGCGUUGACCCUCGGUCCAGUAAAAAUUGUUUACACAAGUACAAA